AUGGAGCUCUCUAACACAAGCAGGAAACGAAGCCGCGGACGAGGUAAGAGCAGGAAGAGUUCCCGUAAAGCGUCAUUUCGUGGGCCUGUACUGCCAGAUGUUGAUCCUGACAGCUUUGAGCUGCUGGUGGAGGAGAAACUCCCAGCCCUCCAUGUAGCUUGCCUGUAUGGUGAACUGCAGACUGUCCAGCUCAUAAUAGAGGCCAGUCCGUUGUGGGUCAACCUCAGUGAUUCUAAAGGUCACCGGCCCCUGCACGCCGUUCUGUCCUCGCAACGGUUGUCCGACACGUACACCAUUUUAAAAUACCUGAUGGAGCAAGGAGCUGACAUCAAUGCUAGAUCAAAUUCAGGGGAAACCCCGCUGCACAUUGCCGCCACCAGGGGCCUCUUAAACUGCACAGAAGUGCUUGUGAAGGCCGGAGCGGAUAUUUUGGCAAAGGACAAAAUGGGACUGACGCCUCUGGACAUGGCGCACAUCUGGAACCACAGGAAGAUAGCUCGGUACUUGAAGCACUCCUUGUGGUAUUACCAAAAGAGGGACGAAAUGGAGGAGAUAAAGUUGGCUCAGAUGUUAUACAGAGAUCUCAUAGAGCUGGUCAAGCAGAAAAAUCUGGAUAUGAAGCAGGCCUUUGUUGAAGAGUGGGCAAAGAAGAGAGGCUUGUCUCCGCUCAAUACGCUCACGCCCAGAUCCAAGCCGUCCAAAUACCACCGUAAGUGCAGCUUGUCAGAGCAGAGCAAGAGGCAACCCAAACCUACCAAGGGACAGUGCAAACGCAUGCAGGGGAAGCAGGACGACUCCAAAGCACAGCGGCCCUGCUUACUCGACAGUCCCUGGACCGUCUUUGGCCUCCACUCAGAGAAACCCUCCACAGACCCGGACCUCAGGGACGAUGUCGUCUUGUUGAAGGACAGCAUCACCCAGAGGCUUCACUACAUGACCAAGUGGGACACGGUGCCUCACCUCGCCCCUAACCUGCCUCUGGACGUGAUUCAGAGACUGUUGUUUCCCAAAGCGUUUCCUUCUCGGCUCAGCACGUCACGGGACUUUGAGCCGCACGACAUCGAGAAUAUCCAGCACAAAAGAUUCCCUCGGGGAAGGAGCACCUCUCCCUGGACAGAGGUGGUCAUGCACCUGCUUGAGGUCCUGGAGCUGGGACACUACUAGUCUUCCUCCUGUCCAGGCAAUAAAACUAGGUUUAAAAUCCUUUAUGACAUCAUGGAGGAAACGCUCUGAGGCUUCGCACGUGGAUGUUGAUGUUGCUAGAGCAACAAACUCUCUACUUUAGUGUCAACAGUCUUACUGAGUAAAACAACUUUGAUCAAUUAUCUGUCAGAUUAAAUAAUGUGCACAAGUUCCUUCCAUUAAACCCCCAAAGAGA